UGGCAAGACCGAAUCACUCACUUGAAUCGGUCUCCUGUAGUGGGACGUGUGGGAUUAUCUAAAAUAUUGUUUUUGUUAUCACAAAGAUAAGUGUGGAUGAAGUGUUUAGUGAGCGAAAUGAUCGGUGUUCAGUUGGUGGUCUUCAGUGUGGUGGCGGCAGGGCUGGAGGCGCGUCUCCUGGAGUUCCCUCCAGGAUUCAAGUUCGGAGCGGCCACCGCAUCCUACCAGAUCGAAGGGGCUUGGAAUGCUAGUGUAUUUGUUGCAGACAAAACAGCAAACAUUUGGGAUGAGUUCACCCACAAGCACCGCGACCGUGUGAAGGACGGUAGCAACGGCGACGUGGCCUGCGAUUCGUAUCACCAGUGGGAGAGGGAUGUGGAAAUGGCGGCUGAACUUGGACUGGACUUCUACAGGUUCUCCCUAUCCUGGACCCGCCUCCUGCCCACCGGCUUCGGACACGCAGUCAGCGAGGACGGGAAGACUUACUAUAAUAAGCUCAUCGACGCUCUCCUUGCGAAGGGCAUAGAACCCGUGGUUACUUUGUACCAUUGGGACAUGCCGCAAAGAUUUCAGGACUUGGGAGGCUGGGCCAACCCUCUCGUCGUUGACUGGUUCGCAGCCUACGCCAGGGUGGCCUUUGACCUCUACGCCGACCGAGUCAAGACCUGGAUCACCAUCAACGAGCCCGUCAUCGUCUGUGAUGCUUCCUACAGCGGGUUUUUAGCCCCAGCUGUACGUGAUGAUGAGGUUGGGGUGUACUUGUGCAAUAAGAACAUACUGCUAGCCCAUGCUAAGGCCUGGAGGAUCUAUGACGUGGAAUUCAGGCCUAAGUACAAAGGGCAAAUAUCUUGGUCUAACCACUUGGUGUGGUUCGAGCCUGCCAGCAAAGCUGAAAAGGAAAUGACCGCGUUGGCUAUGGAACACUGUGCAGGUCGGUACUCUCAUCCCAUCUUCUCUAAGCAAGGAGGCUGGCCUCCAGCUCUGGAGAAGUUCAUCGCUGAAAAGAGCAUCAAGGAAGGUUUUAGAAGAUCAAGACUACCUGCUUUCACAAAUGAGGAGAUAGAACUUAUACGAGGAACAUACGACUUCUACGGACUGAACCACUACACCAGCAAGGUGGUCCGUCUGCCGAGACCUGGGGAGACACCAACCGGCUGGCCCUUGUACGGCUCUCCAGAACUGGGCGUCAUCCUUGAGGCUCGCCCGCAAUGGAAACCCACUAGCUGCUCGUGGCUAAAGCAAAACCCCAAAGGUUUCCGCAAUCUCCUGGUGUGGCUGAAAGAGCAGUACGGAGACCAGAAGUUCCUGGUGACAGAGAACGGCUUUCCUACGACAGGCAGCAACCUGGACGACACUGAGCGAGUGCAGUUUUACAAGGACUACCUGACCCAGAUGCUGCUUGCCAUGAAGAAAGAUAACGUGAACGUCGUCGGGUACACUGCCUGGUCUCUCAUGGACAACUUUGAAUGGGUGGACGGUUACAGCAACAAAUUCGGGCUAUACGAAGUUAACUUCACGGAUCCUGAGCGCCCACGCGUUCCUAGGCGCUCAGCUACAUUCUACGCUGACGUCAUCAAGAACCGGGCUCUGGACGAGUAUGAAGACAGAACAGCAUACGUGGCGUGGGUCGUCAUAGGAUCGCUGCUGGUCUUUGUAACAGUAGCUGCGGUGCUGUACAAGUACAUCAAGAGGAUACGGGACAAGAGAAAACCGGAGUAUGAGAGCGUUGCGCUUCAUAACAACACCACCCCGAAGAGUUUCUUAACUCAGUAAGAGCGCUUUCACAUUUAGGCGAUUUACCAGCGCGACAAACGCGCUGACGAAAAUUUCAUACUAUGAGACAGCGGAUGCAUGACUUCACAUUAUAAAAACGCCGCUGCCGCGCUGCUGUCGUGCUUCUAACGCAAUGUGAAAGCGCUCUGGCUUUUUUUACACGCUAAGAAAUUUCACCGUGUCUGCCGCAGACAAGACAAGUUUCGUCGGACCUAGCUACGAAAAUUAUGCCCGUUUUUACCAUCAACCCCUAAUUUUUAAGUGACCCCUAUUGUAACACAUAACAUGAAUUUUGUUUACGGGCAUUAGUCACACAGUGCGCAUCCGCCGCGUGUCGUAUCCAGCGCAGAUAAGAAUUAUUUCUUGGUAAGCGCCGGAGCAAUGUACACUGUUCGUGUGAAGAAACGACACGAAUUCUUGCGUAGGCCCGGCGACUUUCUUAGCGUGUACAAGCGCCCUAAAGAUGCAGUUGUGAUAAAAGAUGAUCAAAAUAAGUAUACAAUAAUAAAAUAACUCUAAAACUCAUACUAAUACUCGUAAGUUUAAAAAAAAACAGUGCUAUCAGAAACGUACUUAGUUAUUUCUGAUAAAUUAUUGCAACUUAUUAAGUCUCAACCAACAAAAAAUGGUCUAUCAUUUAACCCAGUGAUGGAAGUAUAGUCUUCCCGAAGGAACGCCAUAAAAACCGAAAUAUCUCCUGGUUCUACCCGCCCGCGCCAGAAGGAGGGUUAUGUUUUUUAAUGCACCCUCUGCUGGCUAUCUGAAGUAAUAUUAGUUCAUGAAAAAGAGGAGCGUCUUAUCAUUUAAUUUUACUAAAACAGCCC